CGACCCUCUGCAGUGCUGAUUUUCACACAAAAUUCGUGUUGACUGACCAGAGUCCGCGAAUUUCUUUAUAAAAGUAGUCUUUAAUCCCACAUUUACCAGAAGGUAUUAGAUUUCAUCCGAUUGCAGAGUGACACUGUUGACAUGGCCACUAACGAAAAAUUUAACUUUGAACUUGGGCCCAUCACUUGCCAUUCAUGGAACAAGGAUCGUACCCAAAUCGCCAUCUCUCCAAACAGCCAUGAAGUGCACAUCUUUGCUAAGAAGGGGGCCGCGUACGAGAAACUGCACACUCUGAGUGAGCACACUCAGCGAGUGACAAGCAUUGACUGGGCACCCAAUGGUAAUCGCAUUGUGACGUGUGGCACGGAUCGUAAUGCCUAUGUAUGGACCCUGAAUGGCAGUGAAGGCUGGAAACCAACCCUUGUCAUUCUGCGUAUCAAUCGCGCUGCUACCUGUGUCAAGUGGUCUCCUUUAGAGAACAAGUUUGCUGUUGGUAGCGGGGCCCGCUUGAUCUCUGUCUGCUACUUUGAGCAGGAGAAUGACUGGUGGGUAAGCAAGCACAUCAAGAAACCUGUUCGCUCAACCGUGACAAGCCUUGACUGGCAUCCCAACAACUACCUACUGGCUGCCGGCUCAGCUGACUUCAAAUCGAGAGUGUUCUCAGCUUACAUCAAGGAAAUUGAGGGCAAGCCAGAGCCAAACUCCUGGGGAAAGAAGAUGCCAUUUGGUGCCUGCAUGUAUGAAUUGAGUUCUGGAGGCUCUGGUGGUUGGGUGCACGAUGUGAGUUUUGACAGCUCUGGAACCCGCCUUGCUUGGGUCGGCCAUGACAGUACAGUCAGUGUUGUCAACUCUGCCAACGAUAAUAAAAUUGGGCUGCUCAGGGCUAGCCAGCUACCUUUCCUGACUUGUGAGUGGGCGGGACCGAAUAGCCUGGUCGUUGGUGGUCAUGACUGCGAGUUGAAUCUCUUCAAUAUUGAUGAUGCCAGCAAGAUCACCUUCGUCAGUAAGCUUGGAGCAGUCGCCAAGAAGGAGUCUGGCAACAUGAGUGCCAUGGCAAAGUUCCGUCAGCUUGAUAAGAAGGCUACAACCGAGCAGGACGCUGCUAGGACCACAGUGCACCAGAAUUCCAUCACCCAAAUUACUAUCCAUACUGGAGUGAAAGAGAACAUCACCAAACUGACUUCAACUGGCGUGGAUGGUCAGGUGGUCAUCUGGAACUACAAGACUCUGGAGUCUGCUGUAGCAGGAUUGCGUGUGUAGUCUGGGCACCAGACCUUGCAUGAGCCCUGUUAAAUUCAGGCACGAAAGCAUACCCCAAAGUAGAUACUAACUCUAGAUUAAGCUUAAUCAGGUAUAGACCUUUAAAGGGUUUAUAUAAAGGAGUAUA